AUGCAGGACAGAAGCAAGAAGCGUGAGAGUGAUUCGCAAAGCGUCGCCAAGAAGACUGCACGGAAGGCCGAUGUCUCCUCUGACCUGCAAGUCUUGAAGGAGGGCAAGGCCAAUGUGAAGAAGGAGCUCAGUGCAACUGAGGACUACAUCAAGAACCUCCACGACGAAUGCGACUGGCUCCUCUCGAACUUCCAGGCCCGCUCCGAGGCACGUGAAGAGGAGGUGGAGUCCCUGGACCGAGCCAAAGCAGUGCUCCAAGGGGCCGAAUUCUCCUUUCUGCAGGCGCGCACGUUGACAGCCGCGUCGCCUGGCGUUUCGGAAGGAGGUGAAGGCGCGGGUGAAGACAUGGCAGAUGUGAUGAGAGUUGCCGAAUUCCUGUCCAUUGCCAGCAUCGUCCCUUUAGAGGACGGGUGGGAAAAGAUCAAGAAUGAAGGCAUCAAGGUUCUGGAAGAGUUCCUGGACACUGGACACAUUAGAUCAGCAGUGCCUCAGAACCAAGAUCCCACGAAGCCUCGCAUCUUCAGCAAAGCCAACUAUGCGGAGCUCUACACGACCGUCUACAACAUGUGCACCCAGCGGACUCCCAACAAUUGGUCCGAACAUCUCUAUCGGCGUUAUGGGGAAGCGAUGUCUGACUACGUGCAGCGUCAGGUGCUACCAGCUUUGAAGGAUAAGACAGAGAUUGCCUUGAUGAAGGAGCUCCUCCAUAGGUGGUCGAACCACAAGAUCUACGUCAAAUGGAUGGAUCGAUUCUUCACUUACUUGGAUAGGUACUAUGUCAAGCUGCAGUCCGUGGAGCCAUUGCACAACCGGGGCUACAGCAUUUUCAACCAGCAAGUGUUCACACAGGUCAUGAAAGAUACUCGGGCAGCCUUGCUGAAGAUUAUCAAUCAGGAGCGACAAGGCGAGCAUAUCGACCAGGACUUGGUAAAAGGCGUCAUCGAGAUCUUCAUUGACCUUGGCCUGAACAGCCCAAACCUGUACAACACCGAAUUCGAGGAAGCUUUCCUGCCCGCCACUAGCAGCUACUUCGUCCGGCAAGCCUCAGGCUGGCUUUCAGAAGACUCGUUCCCUGAGUAUCUGCGCAAAGCAGAGGCGGCGUUGCAAGCGGAAGAGCAAAGAUGUUGCAACUAUCUCAGCAGGACGACUCUUCCGAAAUUGAAAAACGUGGUGAUCCAAGCGGUGUUGGCCGCGCCGCAGGGGCAGCUCUUGGAAAAAGAGACCGGCGUGGUGUACCUUUUGGACAAUGACAAGCGAGAGGAUUUGGCACGAAUGCAUCGGAUGUUCUCCUUGGUGGAAGAUGGCCUAGCCCCCAUCGCCCAGUCCUUCCGACAGUAUGUGACCGAUAGGGGGAAUCAGAUUGUGGAUGAGCGCGUGGAACAGCAGAAACAGGUGAGCUCGAAGACUGAGGCCUUGAACGACCCAGCCUUCAUCCAGACGUUGCUGGAGCUCCACGACCGCUUCAAAGGCAUCGUGAACGAGUGCUUCUCUCAGGAUUCGCGCUUUCAGAAGUCUCUUAAAGAAGCCUUUGAAGUCUUCGUGAACCGGGACAUCGGGAAGUACUCCUUCGCGGCCUUGAUGUCCUCCUUUUGUGACCGGAUCCUCAAGAAGUCAGGCGAACGCUUAUCCGAUGAGCAGGUGGAGAAUUUGCUCACAAAGAUGGUGUGGAGCCCAGUUCUGGGGAUGGUCCCCCCCGAUCUAAUCCGGCGGAAUUGGGGAGCCCGGAAGGAUUCCCAGGUGUGUGCUGCGCUACCUCAGCAGGUGAUCCUGCAGGUCCCACAAGGAGAACCUUUGGAGGCUCUUCAGCGCGGCGCUCGCACGAAUGCGUUGCCGAGCCACUUGGGGACGACCAAGCAGGCUGUUCCGCUGCGCCCCAGCCUGAUGCUGGAAGCCGAGCCCAGCCUCGAGGGAAAUACGGUCACUGUGCCCCUGCGUGCUACGAAGGCAGGCCGACUCAGUUUGCUGACGGGUGUGCCUGCCGCGGUGAGCUUCGGCUGGCCGCACUACCGGGCGCGCUGGGAGGCGCAGGUGCCCAUGGGCAAUCAGCGUGUGUGCCUGCAGGGUGUGCGGCUGGACGAAGUGCAUCCAACACACUUUUCUUUGGCGCUCUUACUGCAUCCCAGCGACGCCGUCCAUUGGGAUGCACCACCGGCGGAUGGCACGGUGAUGAUCUUCUGCCAGAAGAGGCGAAACCGCCUUCAAGUGGAACACCAGGUGGUGGCGUGGCAGGGGGAGCUCUUCAGGCUGCAGCACUUGUUCGGCCUCCAGGAAGCCAACCAGGAAGGCCACGAAGAGAGCAGCCGAAAUUGUGUCAUUUGCCUUACCAACCCAAAGAACACCGCUCUGAAACCUUGCAACCACUUCUGCUGUUGCCACUCCUGUGCGCUCACCUUGCGCCUGAGCGAGGGACGAUCCCGCUGCCCGUUGUGCAGGGUCCAGGUCACGGAUUUGUUGCGCUUGGAUGUGGCGAGUGAAGCCUUGGAUGAUCCACCUGCAGCUGAUCCACUUGCGGCUGCUCCACCUGCAGCUGAUCCACCUGCGGCCGAUCCACCUGAUCUCCCUCUGCCGCUGGCGAGUGCGCCACCACUCGUGGAGACCUCGGCAAGCGCGCCGCCGGAGACGGUCGCUGAGAGCGCGCUGCCACUGCGUGCCCUGCGGCGUUUGGGCUGUGAGCUGCGGCAGUUGGAACGCCAGCGGGAGGAGCUGCGGACCGCGCACGCGAUGGAACUCUUGCUGGCUGACCCGGAUGGAAAUGAUUUGCGCUUGUGGACCAUGCGGCUCUACAGCGAAGGUCUGCGCUCCUGUGCGCUGGGUGCCGAACUGCGGCGCUGCCAGGUCGAGGCCGUGGAACUGGAGCUUUGGAUUCCCUCAACCUUCCCCACCGCUCCGCCCGCGGUGCGCGUGAUGCGGCCCCGCUUCCGACCUGGCAGCUUCUGGGUGCAGGAUCAAGGCGCACUUUGCAUGGAGGUCCUCACCAGUCAUGGAUGGUCCCCAGCUCUGAGCCUCUCACAGCUGGGGCUUCAAAUCAAAGAUCUCUUCCUGCGAGGCCACGGCCAACUCGAAGGCAGUGGUCCCAUGGCUGAGCCCGGGCCCAUGGCGCGCGAGCGCGCCAUCCAGGUGGCAGAUGCAGAACGCAUGAAACAGGUGGGAUCAUCAUGCUCAUGGACACCAGGCAGCUUCUUCGUCAGUGCCACUGCCUCCACAAAGUGCAUCAUUCCACCUGCUGCUUCUUCAGCACCUGUGUUGCAGACAGCUCAGACCGUGGUGAAUCACGCUCAUGAAGCACAUGCAUCGAAGAAGUUGCCGAAGCAGGGUUGGAAUCGUCCAUGUAAUUUGUCCAUCGAACGAUUCACCGACUGGGCGUCCAACGGUUGGUGGCAAGUCCCUGGUCGAGAGCUUCGAUCCUCUUCUCCAUCGGCAGAGGAUUUUUGUGCGAUAGUGGACAAGAAGCCGCCGCACCGAGCACCGACCAUGGAGGCGGCCUUACAAAGUUGGCGACCGCGGCGGGUCUCACGAGGGUUGGAUUCGAUGUUUGGGGAGUUCGUGGACGGCUUGGACACACAAGACCUGCAGCUGAAAAAGGAGAGAAUCCAAGAAGAGCAGCUCAAUGAGGAUGGACCCUUGAAGUUCACUGACGGCAGGACAGAGCAGUGGCGCCUGGUCUACCGGGAGAUGGGCAAGUUCUUCCUUGGGCAAUACCAUGGUGGAGGCGGCCCUGCGCAGCACGUUGGAUUUGAUGUUGGGCGAGUUCGUGAAAAGCUGUCGCAACCCAACCGCGAGGUGGACGCGCGUCGUGGAGCCUCGCACGGUUGCGGCUUGAUCUCUGAGGAGUCGUACGAAGCAGACGCGGAUGACCCAGGAAUGGGAACCAAUACCCGUGAGUUGGUGCUGCUUGGCUGGGCCCUCAAGGCACAUGGCCCACAUGGCCUGUUGGACCAGUCCGGCUCUGGCUGUACAGUCCGGCUUGGCGGCUCUGGAGAGCCGCCUUGCAAGGCCCACUGGACCUUUGGAGACGUGGAGCUCUUCUCCUUCCUCAGUGACAAGGAUCUCUUCGCCGAGAUCUAUAGGAAUCAGCUCUCGAAGCGCCUUCUGUACGAGACCUCUGCCUCGGAAGAUGCGGAGAAGAGCAUGAUCGCCAAGCUGAAGAUGAAGUGUGGGGCGCAAUUCACCUCCAAGCUUGAAGGGAUGUUGACCGACUUGUCGUUAGCUCUCGACACCCAGAAGGACUUCAAGGAUCAUUGUGAACAGCUUCCGGAGGGCAAGGGUGCCUUGGGGAACAUCGACUUCAACGUGACGGUGCUCACCACAGGCUUCUGGCCAUCCUACCAGGUGCAAGAAGCCAGCCUCUGCCCGGAGAUGCAGAAGGCCAUCCAGGUCUUCAGCAACUACUACAACGGGAAGACGCAGCAUCGGCGGCUUCAAUGGAUCCAUCACCUGGGCCAGGCGACCAUCGCGGCCAAGCUCAAUGGUCGAAGGCACGACCUCAUCGUGAACUCAUACCAGGCCUUGAUCCUCCUGCUCUUCACUCGGGAUGAGGCUCAUGACCUGACCUUCAUCCAGAAUUCGACGGGCUUGGAGCCGAGCAUGUGCAAGAAGCUUUUGGCAACUCUGUCGAUCGCGAAGUUUAAGAUCCUCAGCAAGACCGGGGAUGCCAAGACCAUCGAGGAUGAUGCAACCUUCAGUCCAAACGAUGGCUUUGUGUGCCAGCACCGGAAAAUUAAGAUCCCUCCUCCAGUCACGGAGGAGACACACAAUAAGGAACGUGUUGAGGAGGAUCGCUCGAUUGCCAUCGAGGCAGCUAUUGUGAGGAUCAUGAAGAUGAGAAAAACGCUGAACCACCAGCAGCUGGUCACAGAGGUCCUGACGCAGUUGGCUUUCUUCAAGCCAAAUCCUAAAUUGGUGAAGCAACGAAUUGAACACCUCAUCGAGCGCGAGCUUCGAUAUACCGAUACCUGGCCUAGGAAAGUCGAGGGGGGGAAGCGCGAAGCGCAAGAGAUGGGGAAGCGGCCGACUCCAAUGGUCACUGCUAGGGGCCCAGACCUACGCCGCAUCGGCAACGAAGACGCGGCCUCCAUGAACGCGCAAGGAGUUGCAGAAAAGGCAAGCCGAAUUGAUUUCAUCGAACGCUUGAUUGUUGUCCCGCAACACAUUGGGCACUUCCAUGCCUUGCAUGCGAGCAGCAUGGACUGGGAGGAAGAGGUGUGCUUGUCGCCCGUGGGCCAUGACGUCUUCAAGGUGCGCAUCCGAGAGCUGCCGAUGGCGGACGGUGUCCAUGCCUCGACAGGAUGUCAACUUUGGUCCUCCAGUAUCGUCUUGGCACGGCAUCUCAUGGCCAGGCCUGAGCUGGUCGAGCAGAAGAAGGUCUUGGAGGUGGGUGCAGGCUGUGGCCUACUGGGUAUCGCAGUGGCACGUUUGGCGAGUUCAACCCUCAUCACCGACGGAGACGAGGAGGUGGUGAGGAAUCUCGCGCGGAACAUCGACCUCAACCGGUCCUUGUGGAGCUCUCAGGGAGAGGAUCACCUCACAAACGUGUUGGCUUGCACCUGCAGAAUCAGGCAGCUGUUCCUGGAGGCUUUGGCUGAUGCAGGCUGGUGCCAACACAGACAGCAUACCAGGUGGACCAGCAGCUUCCCAUGUGGCAGCCAAGGAGAACGAUUCGGAAGUUUCAGGGCAGUCGCUUGA